UCGCAACGUUCCGUCGUGUAUUUGUUUCCGACUACCUCGGUCUCCCAUUCAAAGUAACACCGCACCUAAAAGACUGCAGCAGUAGGUAGGCUUAUUCCUCUUACCUUCACAUUAUAUCUAUUCUUCUGCAAUGCCUGAUGAAGUUACUAUAAGACAGCAACGUCCACAGUGUUUCUACUCAGGAGCUGUCUUCUACCUGUUGAGGUGUCACCUUGAAUACUGCCUCCCUUCAACACAUAAUCCCCUCACCCCGGAAACGAUUUAAAUUGGACAUAAUUUCCCAUAUUUCCACGUGGAAUUUCUAUAUUAUAAUUUAGUUGAGAUUCCAAGAAUUUCUUUAGGCUUGAAUCAGACAUGGGUGUAGUUCUCCGGAAUCUCCAGAAGGUGGUGCCACUGAGGCGCGCCCGGCUACGGAGGGAUGUGGACACUCUGAGACACAUACUUGGCGUCCAGAAGUUUGACCUGGGCAUCAUCUGCGUGGACAACCGUAGGAUUCAGCAGAUUAAUAAAACCUAUAGGAAAGUAAAUACACCUACCGACGUGCUUUCAUUUCCAUUCCACGAGGAGCUGCGACCUGGUAAGCUGCCUUGCCCGCUGCAUAGAGACGAACUCAACCUGGGCGACAUUUUUUUAGGGGUUGAAUAUCUGAUGAAACAGUGUCAGGACAACUCAAUGGAUCUGCAUAGUACUCUCACAGUUGUCACUGCACAUGGUAUCUGCCAUCUGCUGGGUUAUAGACAUGAGACGGAGGAGGAAUGGGAUGAGAUGUUUCAGAGAGAAAGCUACAUCCUGGGAGAGUACAACAGACUGACAGGACAAAACCUGGAGCCUUUGACCAAGAAGUGCAGUCAAGACAGCUGACGGCCGGCCGGCUCCUGAGGAGAAAGUCGCACACGCCGAUACUUGUUGCCAAUAUCCUACAAUCAGAAUCAUUCUGACCAACUGUUCCGCCUGGAUCCAUCAGAUGAACAAAACAUUUUUACACUCAAUAUUUUUUAUUUAAUGAAAGGGAGUUUAUUUUGUUCCUUCGGUGCUGCUUGUGAGUCAUUAAAAAAACAAUUGAGACAUGUAAGUUUAAACUUUUAUUAAAAUCUGCUUUAGGAAGAGUCAAAUACUGUAGGAACAGGUAGAAAAGAAAAGCGAUCUCUAGUGUUGUGCCCACGUCACACCUCAAACACAGGGCCACUCUGGAAAGGUGCAAAGUUUCAUUACUGCUAAAUGAUUCUGUGUGUGAAACCAAGAUGUUGUGACAAUGUGUUCAUUGGCGAUUAGUAAGGUUGUUACUGAUAGUACAACAGUUCCAAUACAUCUGCAUAUAAGCAAUGCACCAGUGUUGAAAUUCCAUAUAUAUAUAUAAAGGUUGAUCAUUGAAAAUAUACAUCCACCUCUUUCAUUAAUUGUACAGCGCCCUAAACAAUGAAAACAUUUUAUUUGGUGUCUGGGUAUUUGUGGAAAUCAACUGAUUCCAGUUUUGUAAGCAAUAUCACCCCGCAAAGACUGAUGUGUCCACAUAUAAAGGAUGUUAAAUAUAAUUUACUAUAGCUAGAGACUAAAUCAUUAACUAGAAAGUGAAACUUUCCAACACUCAUGUUCACUACCAUUGUACUGCCCUCUGUGGAGGUCAAGCCAGGUUGAGUGAGCCCAGAGCUUAACGGUUUAGUGCGGUGUCAACCUUAUAUUCAGUAAUGAGUAGGUAUAGCCUAAAAUACUCUGCUAUUCUUAAAUCAAUCUCAUGGCUACCAUAACUUAAAACCCUUUUACGUAGCAAUAAAUAGAAAAUCUGUCAUCUUCAACGCAUAGAAAAGAGCUAUGCUGCGAGGUUCAACAAACACAUUCCACACAACAGUGGUUGCACACCUUUCAGAGUAAAGCUUUGCAUACAUAUUGAUAUUUCAAAGAAGAAAAAAAAAUAUGAUACUAUACUUAGGAGGGAGGUACUAGAAGAAUAGUCCAAAAGAACAGAGCUCAUAAAAUGGCAUAUAUAUUUUUUUUCACGAUGGGAGCCUUUUGAAAUUCAUAUUCACAAAAAAUGAAUAAGACGCAGACGGUAAAGCAUCGAAAAACAACACACAGGCAGUGGAUGAUAACAUAAAUAUUGCACCAUAUUAUACCCGCUGAACACACAACCUUCUAGCUCUAAAGUAGCUUAUACUCCAACAUAGAAUAUAUAUCUUUAUUUAAAGUUUCAUACAGGAAAAUCCCAAAAAAACAAAAAGGGAUUUGGGGCGAAUAUUCAAACCAGGGAAGGACCAGCACCAUCUUGUGUCUAAACGUUUGCUAUGAAGUGACGAAUGAACCACGCAUUCGGACGAAGGAAG